AUGUCGCUGUCGGAGUUCAUCGUCUGGCUUGUUGGUAGAUCUGGCGGAGGUAAUCGGCUGCCAGAAUGUGCUAAAAGAACCAGGUCCUUCAGUUAUCCUGAGAACGUGAUUGCAGAAUUUCGAACUCCAAUGUUGAAAGAGGCUGUGGAAAUGUCUACAGAUGAAGAAUCAGAUGGUGUUGUUAUAUGCCAUCCGAAUGGCAACACUGAUGGAUGUGACGAAACCAUUAGUGGUAGUCAUGAUGAUGAUAGCCCAGAAGGCCAGGAAACUAGUUCCAUUAAGGACCCUGAUGUCGAAGGUGACACACAGGAAGAAGGUGACACACAGGAAGACAAGUGUGUAAAUCAAGAUUCACUGAAGUUGAUUGAUCAAGAGAAGUCUGCUCCCCCCAAGUCCCCAGCAAAGUCUGCGACUGCCAGUUCCGGAUCGGAGAGGCCUAAACGUGUUGUUCCCCAACCAUUCUCUCUUUCUACUCAAAGAAGGACAUCUGGAGUAAAUGGCAGUGUGACCAAUCCAUCGGCCAAUAAGGAUAAAUCUGGUGAUAAAAGUAGCAUCUCUCCAGCAAGCAUGACAAAGAAGAGUACGCCGAUGGCACCUAGGAAGACUUUGCAGCCUGAGCAGGCAUUUCACCCUCUGGAAGAGGACUCUUGUUCUGUGACUUCAUCAACUACAACAUCAACAAGAGCUGGCAGAACUAAGACAACUGUUCCUGUUGCCCCUUCAUUUGUGUGUGCUAACCGUGCUGACAAGAGGAAGGAGUUCUACACAAAAUUAGAGGAGAAACAUAAAGCUUUGGAAGCAGAGAAGGACGAGGCUGAGUCCAGGAAAAAGGAAGAGCAAGACGUUGCUUUAAAACAACUAAGGAAGUCAUUGGUGAUUAAAGCGAAACCCAUGCCAAGCUUCUAUCAAGAAGGGCCCCCACCAAAGGCUGAACUUAAGAAGGUGCCUCCUACUCGUGCCAAAUCGCCAAAGUUUACAAGUUCAAGGAGAAAGAGCUGCAGUGAUACACCGCAGACACCUGAGGGGAAAAAUACCAAUGCAACAUCUACCCGGUCACAUCGUCACAGCAUUGGGACUUCAAAAGACGCUAACAGAGUACAAUGCUCGCCGAAGAGUGGUGUGGCGACCAAAACUAGAUCUCUCAAGCCUGAGUUGAAGGCCCUCUGA